CUUUGGUGUGCCUGGAGUUAUAGCAAGUAUUUUUAGACACAAUAUUCCUUUUAUUAAUAGUUUUAAAAUUAGUAGUUUGCGUAUUUUCAGAUGCCUGCAAAAAGGAGUUUGAUAUGGAGUCAUUUCGAGAAUUCUGGCUCGAAGCGUGCUAUGUGCAAGCAUUGUUCAAAGCAAAUAAGUUUCAACGGCGGGUCCAUAGGAAAUUUAAGCCGCCAUAUGAAACUUCGACAUUCUAUCAUUCGCUUGCAUGAUGCGACUCUUAAUGGUAACGGCAAAGGAUACACACCAGAGGAGCAAUUAGAGCCGGGCGAUCAAUCACCGCAAAGUGAGCAGCAAUUGCAGGCGGAACAGCUGUUGCAGGUGAAUAAACGGAAACCACUGAAAAUUGACGGGAAAGUAGCUUCAUCUAGUCCCCCAGCAAGCAAUAAUCCAUCACCCGCAAUCGACGAAGAAAUGAACAGUAUUUACGAGAAACAAAUUGAGUUUGUGGACGGUUAUUUAACAGAAAGUUCUUUCAUAAAUGAAGAAAUAAACAACGAAGAUAUUUUUGAGCCCAAAUCUCCGAAAAUGGCCUACCACCGAAGAUCACGAAACCGAAAAUUGGAAGAUUUAAAAACCCGCAUAGAAAUACAACUUAUGCGCGCGAAAACUACAUAUUUCACAAAGCAUGCGGCAAAACUCGACAUAGAAUGUUCACUAAUGUUAUUACAAGUAAAAAAACUGGAGUUGGAACUAGAGAAAUUGCGUAAUGAAGCUCAGGAAAAUCCAUUAGCAAGUGAACAAAUGGGGUUUGAAUCCGUUCGUAAUGUAGAACUUUAAAGUCGCAAAACAAAAAGUAAACGAUUAAUAAGUUUAAAUGAACAUAAUUUCGCUGGAGAUAGUCUUGCUGUAUGUUCUUUAUAUAGAAAAAUGAAUUGUAUUGUGUGUUAUUGUUU